AUGGGUAAGAAAAUAGGUCGUUCAUAUCCACGGUUACCAACUGUCUUAUUCAUAUUUUUCAUAUAUAUGGUCCAAUAUGCUGAAAUUGCAAAUGCUUUUGUCUGGUGCCAAUAUUAUGUACCAAAUGAUUCGCACAAUUACAUAAAACAAUGUCCAAGUACAUGUUGUCCUUUAACAAUGGCCACAAGAAUAAAUACAACAUGUUGUACUGUGCAACCAGUUGUUGAGGUCGUUACAACAACAACAACACGUACAAUAUUUGGCUACAGCUGGUGGGUUCUUCUUUUAUGUGCCAUCAGUAUUUUCAUUGGCCUUUGCGUAUUCUUUCAAAUGUUUAAACGUCGACAUGCAUUCAAACAUUGGAAACAUUUUAAUUCAAUAACUAACCCUGCUGCAGCAUUUACAAUUUCAGCAGAAGAUUCAAAAAUGGCUCAAGCUUGUCAUUAUACUGUCAGAAAUGAUGUUAUUGUUUUAGAAGAAUAUCCUCCGAGUUAUACAACAGUUGAGCCUGAACCAUCACCAGCAUCACCACCACCCCUCUACACAUCCGCUGAUUUACCAACAAACAAAAUUUCGGAAUAA